AUGGAUGGGGAUCUCAGUCUCUCCCAAUCCUUGGGGGGUCUCCGGAUCGCGAAUCCAGAUGAUUCUUCCCUGAAUUCUUCCGAGGAACCAGCAGUUUCGGCCCCCGAGGUUGCUGCCUCAAUAGCCCCCGACGAGAAAACGGAUGACCCCGAACCACCAACCAGCUUCGUACCAGAACUUCCUCCCUCCUCUCAGUCGUCGAUACCCCCUUCCAUUGCCGAAGAAUCCUCGCGAUAUGCUCCGGAUGCCGCCUCCCUCAGAUCUUAUUCCAGACGAACUGAAAAUCGAACAUCCAUCUAUUCCAUCUCCGACCCGCAAUCACAACCACCGCAACAACCAACACAAUCACAAUAUGCUCCUUACCAUCCUCAACAGCAUUCACAAUCCCCAACUUCCUCCAGACCUCUCUCCGCUUUCUACUCCAACGGCUCAUCGCCCGCAUUGGUUGCCCGCGAAGGCUCCUACCGCAUCCGUACCGACUCGGCCGCAUCAUCCGCGUCGGAAAGCCAAGCGCGGGUUGACUCUCGUGGUGGCUCUUCAGCGCUACAUGCUGGUGUCCCCGCACGCGAUAACACGCACAGUGACCGAUCUUACAGACCAGCUCCUCAUAACGGGCCCAUGGUGAUGCGUCAGCCUUCUAGGGCCCAUGCUCGCCCUGCAGCCGCCACUCCACUUAGCGGAACUCCAUAUGGAAUGGAAAACGGCCCCAGUCCAAGCAGUGAAGAAUGGCAGCAUCGUGGUGCGGCAGUCGCGGUGCGACAGGAGAUCGAUCCAAACGGAAAGCCGGUCGCUCGAUACAUCAAAAAGGGAGUCCGUGACUUUUCAUUCGGACACACCCUCGGAGAAGGCUCUUACAGUACCGUUGUGCUGGCGACAGAUCGCCAGACGUUGAAAGAGUACGCCAUCAAGAUUCUGGAUAAGCGGCAUAUCAUCAAGGAGAAAAAGGUCAAAUACGUCAACAUCGAGAAGGAUACUCUCAAUCGACUUACGGAACAUCCUGGUAUCGUCCGUCUUUAUUAUACGUUCCAAGACGAGCGAUCGCUUUAUUUCGUGCUCGACCUUUGCAAAGGGGGUGAACUGUUGGGAGUGCUUAAACGGAUGACUUCAUUUGAUGAGGAGUGCACACGGUUCUAUGGUGGUCAGAUCCUGGACACCAUCGAUUAUAUGCAUAAACGCGGUGUUAUCCAUCGUGAUCUCAAGCCAGAGAAUGUUCUUCUUGAUCACCAAAUGUACGUCAAGAUCACCGAUUUCGGGACAGCCAAGAUCCUCAAGGGCCAACGGCGCCCAGAUCCCAAUUCGAGCGGGAUGCCUCCGCUCGAUUCGAACGAAAUACCCGAGGAGGAACGGGCGAGCUCCUUUGUCGGAACGGCUGAGUACGUUAGUCCGGAGCUACUGACGGAUAAGAACGCUUGCAAGGCAAGCGAUCUGUGGGCCUUUGGUUGCAUCAUCUUCCAGCUCCUGGCCGGUCGGCCACCGUUCAAGGCUGGAAAUGAAUAUCAAACAUUCCAAAAGAUCGUUGCGCUUGACUACGAGUUUCCCCCCGGAUUCCCUGCGGUCGCUCGUGACCUCGUGGAACGCCUUCUCGUUCUGGACCCGGCCCGCCGUUUACCGAUUGAGCACAUCAAAAACCAUCCUUUCUUUGAGGGUACAGUGUGGGGACCCGAAUUGUGGAAGCGCAAAGCCCCGCGGCUCAAGGCGUACGUCCCGCCACCGCGCGAGCCGAUAAAGUUGAAUGGGGGUGGUGAAGGAGACAGUUUCCCUCCUAACAUUACGGCAGCACCCUCAACCACUACCAAUGCCAGCUCGCGAGUGGUUCCCCGGCUAGUUACUGAGCUCCCGCCCCCUAGCCAACUCGAUGUUGAAUGGUCACCAGUUCUGACUAAAACCAAUGAGAGGAUUCUCAAAAUGGGAAAUCAGGUGGUGUUAUCUUCUCCAGCCUCCCAUAGUCCGGUUUCGAAAAAUGGAGGUGAAUCUGAAACGACAAAAAAAUUCUCUCGAUUCUUUGCAGGGAGUACAACCAAGAAGCGGCAACGGUUGGUCAUGGUUACUUCGUGCGCGCGUAUAAUCAUGGCGGCAUCCGGAGGAGACGAAAAGAAGGCGAAGAUGGAGAUUUCCCUUUUAGCAAAUGGGACUCAAUAUCGAACCACAACAGAUUCGAAGGGGCUUUCGUCGUGGGUUGUGGAUACGCGAGACAAGCGGUUUUCUUUCGAAGACCCCAAACCGUCCUCUAGCAACCUUGGAGUCACGGCGCUAUCCGCGCAGGAAUGGUUAGAUGCACUAGACCGUGCAAAGGAGAUGGCUUUGACUCAGCACAACAAUGGUGCAUACUCGGGCGAUGAAACGUUCCGUGAUCUUUCAUCGGGCAUGUCCAGCCAUUCGAACACCCUCGACCGCAGUUCCGAAAUUCACGCGGAAGCCGCACCACCACCUGGACGAGCAACUCUAAUCAAAAACCAAGCCACAGAUUCAGAAUCAGUCAAGGGAAGGAAGAGAUUUAGUCGGCGUCAUUCCAAAAACGGUCUCGCGGCCGUUUUCUAG